AUGUCCCAAAAGUAUAGAUCAUCGCGUUCUGCGGAGCCCCAGGCUUUGUCCUUUGAGGAUGUGGUCAUGACCGGUUUGGCCAACGAUGGAGGUUUGUUCCUUCCCUCACAAGUUCCCCAGCUUCCAGCUUCAUUCUUGCAAGACUGGGCGGAUUUGUCUUUCCAAGAAUUGGCUUUCAAUGUAUUGAGAUUGUACAUCAACGCUGCUGAAAUCCCUGACCAAGACUUAAGAGACUUAAUCUCCAAAUCUUACUCCACUUUCAGAUCGGAAGAAGUCACUCCAUUAAAGAAGAUCGACGACAAGUUGUACUUGCUUGAAUUGUUCCAUGGUCCUACCUAUGCCUUCAAGGAUGUUGCCUUGCAGUUUGUCGGCAACCUCUUUGAGUACUUCUUGACCAGAAGAAAUGCCAAGAAGGUUGAAGGCGAAGCUCGUGAUGUUAUCACUGUCGUUGGAGCUACUUCUGGUGAUACUGGUUCUGCUGCUAUCUACGGCUUAAGAGGUAAGAAGGAUGUGUCUGUGUUCAUUCUCUAUCCAACAGGCAGAAUUUCUCCUAUUCAAGAAGAGCAAAUGACCACAGUAGAGGAUGCCAAUGUGCACACAUUGUCGGUUAACGGUACCUUCGAUGACUGUCAGGACAUCGUGAAGCUGAUCUUUGGAGACCGCGAGUUCAAUGAUAAGUACCAUGUUGGAGCUGUCAACUCCAUUAACUGGGCAAGAAUUUUGGCUCAACAAACCUACUACUUUUACUCAUACUUCCAAUUGCAGAAGAAGUUAAAUGACACAUCUGCGAAGGUCAGAUUCGUCGUUCCUUCUGGUAACUUCGGCGAUAUAUUGGCUGGUUACUAUGCAUACAAGAUGGGCUUGCCAGUGGACAAGUUGAUCAUUGCCACUAAUGAAAACGACAUUUUGGAUAGAUUCAUGAAGACUGGUCGUUACGAAAAGAAAGCUGAAAAGGACGCCUCUGCGGCUGUCAAAGCCACAUUCUCGCCAGCUAUGGAUAUCUUGAUAUCAUCCAACUUUGAAAGGUUGUUGUGGUACUUGAUCAGAGACUCCGUUGCCAACGGUAGUGACGAAGUUGCUGGUAAGACUUUGAACUCCUGGAUGCAACAAUUGAAAGAGACUGGUUCUGUUGUGGCUGACCCAGAAGUUCUCGCUGGAGCCAGAUCCAUUUUCGAUUCUGAAAGAGUUGAUGAUGCUGAAACUGUUGCUACCAUAAAAGAAGUUUACUCUGCUCACCCAGAAAGCUACGUGUUGGAUCCACACAGUUCUGUCGGUGUUACGACUUCCUACAGAUUCAUCAAGAAGGACGACAAGAAGGACAACAUCAAGUACAUAUCUUUGUCUACCGCCCAUCCAGCCAAGUUUUCUGAAGUUGUCAACAAGGCUUUGGACUCGAUCGCAGGGUAUUCUUUCGAGAAGGAUGUAUUGCCAGCUGAAUUGAAGGCUUUGAGCACCAAGCGCAAGAGAAUUAACUUGAUUGAUGAAGCAUCCAUAGAAAAGGUCAAGGAUGCCAUCAAGAAGGAAUUGAACUUUUAG